AUGGCGUCGGGGUGGGGAAUCACAGGGAACAAAGGACGAUGCUACGAUUUCUGGAUGGACUUCAGCGAGUGUAUGUCUCGAUGUAGAGAACCCAAAGACUGUUCUCUUCUCCGUGAAGACUAUCUCGAGUGCCUUCACCACGCCAAAGAGUACCAACGAAGGAACCGGGUAUAUAAAGAGGAGCAGCGUCAAAUAAGAGCAGCUUCACAAAAGGCAAAAGGGGAAGGCAGAGAUGGAAGACAAAGGGUUUUCGGGUGCGCCAAUGAUCCCAACGCAUGCUUGGAUCGCGAGAAGAACCCUUGGGGAGGUACCACUUGUUGUUUUCAAAAAUUUUGCAGGGAUACCACGAGUGACCCGAAUAACUGUGGUACAUGUGGACAUGCUUGUGGUUUUGGGCUUGUUUGCUGCGAUGGAAAGUGUGUAGAUAUUCGAAAUGAUCCUCAGCACUGUGGUGCCUGUUUUGAAGAGUGUCCUGGGGAAAAUAGGUGCUCCUAUGCAAUGUGUGAUUAUGGUGGUUGA